GUGUUAUAACUUCCAAAGUUUUCCUGUACAGAUAACUAAGUGACAUUCGUUUAUUGAAGCUUGAACUUCCAGUGAUAGAGUUUGAAAGCUGUUGCCACCAUGAGUUAUGAAAGUCUUGAUGCUCGGAUCUUUAUUGGGGGGUUAGAUCUUGAUUGUAGUGAACAAGAUCUUGAAAAGGCAUUUGGGAUGUUCGGGGACAUUUCUCAGGUUAUGGUUCUGAGAGAUAGAGAGACAAAUGUUUCUCGUGGAUUUGCAUUCAUGUCGUUUGAAAGUCAGGAUUCUGCUGACGAAGCUAUUCGAAGAAUGCAUGGGGUGGAGAUAAUGGGCCGAUGUGUUACUGUUAGAAAGGCAGAGAGACAAGCAGCAAUGGCGGAUCGGCCGAGAUCUAAAAGAGGAGGAUUUCGUGGAGGAAGAGGCGGGGAGCGAAGGUAUGAUGGAGGAGAUUUCAGAGGAAGAGCUGAGAGGAGAAGUUCGUAUGAUGAUGACCGCCAUGAAGCAAGAGACUCAUAUGUUUCAGACAGGAGGAGUCAAUAUGAUGAUCCAAGAGGAGGGUUUCAAAACUCAAGGAGGGGAUAUAGAGGGUCACAACGAGGAUUUGGAGAUUCGCGAAGCUAUGGUGACUCAAAGAGCUUUGGGGAAUCAAGAAGUUAUUCGGAUUCGAGGUCUGGAAACAAUUACAAUGGAUCCCGCCCAAUGGGGGGUGGGUAUGAUGAACAAAAGAGGGAUUAUAACCCUGCACCAAGGUAUGAGAGUCAUAGGGAUGAAACUUAUGGGUCGCGUGGUUAUGAGGAUAGAUACAGUGGAAACAAUAGCAGAACAGAAGUUGCAAGAUCAAGGAGUCCAGUGGCAAGAUAUGCUGGAGCUUCUUACAGGGAUGAGAGUCCAGUUGCUCAGAAGAGCAGAAGAAUCGCAUCGGAUAGUGUCCAAUAUAGAAGGGAGUAUACAUCACCAGUUUCAAAGCGCCCAGAGCGGGGAUAUUCACCACCAACAAGAACAAGAGAGUCAAGAGAUUCAAGAAGGGAAAUUGUUAAAGAUUCAAGGCCAGCUCGGGGGUAUACAGAGACUUCAUACAGAGAUUACAGCUCACCAACUCGACGUAGGCCACGAGAUCCUUCCCCGAAUCAAUACACUGCAUCUACAUACACAGAUAUAAAGAGCGCUGCACCAGACAGGAGUUCGUAUUCAAACUCUCGUCGGCAGCUCAGUCCACCAGUGCAGAAGCGAAGUUACUCAACCAAAAGAUCAGAUGUUGGGUUAUCCAGAAGUGGAAGGGAUGGGGGAGAUAUAAGGGAGGUCAGAGAUUCAAGAGAUUUUCAGUCAAGCAGAAAUACUGUGACUAUAGAUCGUGGAAUCCCAACAGUUAAAAUUGAAGGUACCCGUUACCAAGAAGCAGACGUUCAAUAUGGGACAACAGAUAGGUAUGCUGCUUCUCCAAGUGCAAGACAACUAGAUGGGCAUGACAGAGUAUCCAAAAGAUCUGCACAUAGAAACAGUCCACCCACAAGGAGCCGCAGAUUUUAGAUACCAAGCUGCCGCUAUAAACAAUUAUGCUGAACUGUUCAAAUCUGUAUAAAUCUGCAACUUCACACAGAAAAUUCACUGAAAUCAAGCAGCAUAUCAAAGCUGCUGGAAUAUUAUAAAUUCGAAUCGACCUUACUAUGUUUGCAACAUAACAGGUGCUCAUUCUGUAUAUGACUUAUUCGUUACAUCUGCUUUUAACUGAUGCUUCAUUUUAAAACAACUGCAUUACAAAAUUAGAACAUAAA